AUUCUCCAACUACUAGCCUACUACUCCUAUAAAAACUCCACAAACGCUAAAAUGAGAUAAACACAAGAAGAGGAGGAAUCUCAACAGACUGGAGAGAGAAAAAGAAACAUCGCGGCUUACCGGUACGCGCGUCAAUAAUAUACGUUUCACCAAAAUUCAGAUUCUCAAUUCCACCCCUCUCAAAAAAAAAAAAAAACAAAGAGUAUAUAUCAGUUUAAAUUCUCAAAAAUAUAUUUUAGGUUUAGUUUCUAUAAAUCCCUAAAAAAUCUCUGUUAAAAACAAACUUUUGGAAAUUUCGUCUUUUCCGAUUUAGGGUUAGAAUUUCUUGCGGCUUACUGGAACGCUUUUCUUUUGAUUUUGUUCGACUGAUUCUUCGCUUUCUGAUUUCGAGCUCACUGAUCAUGGCUUCUUCCGUUGUGAUUAAGGUGAAACAUGAGAAUACUCUCAGGCGUUUCAACGUUCUGGUUAAUGAAGAUCAGCGCUUAGAUCUUAACAUGGAAGGUUUGAGGGUGAAGAUUUACUCUCUUUUCAACUUGCCAUCAACUGCAAAUUUCAGCCUGACAUAUAGAGAUGAAGAUGAUGACUUGGUUACCCUUGUUGAUGAUGAAGAUCUAUAUGAUGUGGUGAGGCAGGGACUGAAUCCAGUUAGGAUCACUGUUGACCUGAAAACUGAGAAGACUGAUCAAACUUAUACCACAUCUAGUGCAAGUUCAACGCCUAGAGGAUCUUCUUCGCAAAUUCCUCACCAAAAUGUCAAUCCAAAUGUUGCCGAAGUCUUGAAAUCUGUGCCGGAGCCUAUGCGUCAUGCUCUUUCAAAGAUUUCUGCUGAAUUGACAUCAAAAGCUGCAUCUACUUCUCCUAUACUUGCUGAUCUCUUGGAUGGAUUUUCGAAAAUGGGGCAAUCAUACUUGAAUGCAUCUCCUUCUGAUUGUGGUCCUGUUAAUGCCAGUAGUAAUGCAGAAGGCUGUGAUGACCGCAAACAAAACACACCAAAUGGGAAGGGUGAUGCUUCUAUUGGUGAAGAGGUGAAGCAUAGUAAUGUUCAAAAAUCUAGCUCUGUGCAGCAGUCUCUUAAAAGCAGUCAAGCUACAAGAGAAGCUGAACCCAUUAAAUCUUCCUCAUUUCCCUUUUGUCCCCAGAAGGGCCAGAAUGGAAACGCAGAACCUUCUUCUCACAAAUUUUUGACUUCUGAAAGUACAAAGAAAAACACGGAGGUCAUUGAAAAUUCUGUUGGAAAAUCUAGUGCUUAUGGGAGUACAAUUAAAUGUUCCAGAGGCAGCUUCAAGAAACGUGUCUCUUCUGAGAAGGAAACAAGUAAAUCCAACCUCGGUGACAAUAGGAGAUUUUAUCUCGAUGGAAGCUCUUCCAAUCCAUAUUUUGGCUCGAAUUCUAUAGGCGAGUGUCCUUUUUCAGGGUUGGUUGUACCAAAUGGUCGUAAGAUCCUGCGUCAACAUGCGAACUUAUUGGACCACAUCCCUCCUGUUCUGCCAAUUAAUGAUAGCUUCAGUAACGGUAUGGGUUCCAUCUUCCACAAAGGAGUCCGCUGUGAUGGCUGUGGGGUUCUUCCAAUCACGGGACCACGGUUCAAGUCUAGAGUAAAGCAUGAUUAUGAUUUGUGCAGCAUCUGCUUUGAACGAAUGGGAAAUUAUGUAGAUUACAGUAGAAUUGAUAUCCCUUUGCCUUACAGGCAUCCACCAGUCUUCAAGAGUUUCUAUGAUCCCAUUGUACGCGUCCCUCCUGUGCAAGUCCCGUCGACAAUGAGGCGACCAGAUGGAAAACUUCUUCGCUCCAGACUAGACAGUCGCUUCAUCAUGGAUGUCAAUGUUUUGGAUGGAACAAUGAUGGCCCCAUUGACACGUUUUACCAAAAUAUGGCGAAUCCGUAACACUGGCACACUUCCAUGGCAUCGUGGAUUACGACUUCUCUGGAUUGGGGGAGAUCGGUUUAGUGCUUCUGAUUCAGUUGAUAUUGAGAUACCCAUCGAUGGUGUGAAUGUUGGUAAAGAAAUCGAUAUAGCUGUUGACUUCAUCGCGCCAGAGUUGCCUGGCCGAUACAUUUCCUAUUGGAGAAUGGCAGAGCCACCUGGACAUAAGUUUGGACAACGCGUGUGGGUUCUAAUACAGGUUGAUGCUUCUAUGGACUUGACAUGUGAAAAUUCCCCUGUGUUGGAUUUGAAUCUCCCUCUUGACACUACUGAAGCUUUGGGUACCCAGGUUCUAGACGUUAAUGAACCUGAGCUGAAUAUUGUAAAAGGGGAUCUUGGAUCUCUAUCAAUGGCUGAGCAGAGACUUCUUGAGAUAGAAGAUUUAAAUUUUCCUAUAAAUAAUGACUUGCUGGUUGCUAGUGAUGUGUUGUCCCCCACUUCUGCUGCAGCUUCAUCAUCAGCUGCUCCUGCUAUUAGUGCUAACGAUGGUGUAUUUCCUGAGGCAUCCCCUGUCCCGAAUCCUGAUGCUGCUGCUAUUCUUGAGCAGGAAUCACCAUCUGCUCCUCCAGCAACUUUAUACCCUGUCAUUGAUAUGUCUAAUGGAUCUUCUGCUACGCCUUCUAUUACCAAGAAUGACGAGAACAACCUCGAGCAAGAUUACGAUAGAAAUGACGUAGAAGACACCCUGCUGAAGGAAUUGGAGGAGAUGGGAUUUAAGCAAGUCGACUUGAACAUAGAGGUUCUUCGAACAAAUGAGUAUGACCUGGAACGGUCUGUGGAUGAACUCUGUGGUGUUGCUGAAUGGGAUCCAAUUCUUGAAGAGCUGAAGGAGAUGGGUUUUGAAGACAAAGAGACAAAUAAGAAGCUGUUGGCCAAGAACAAUGGAAGUAUAACGCGUGUGGUCAUGGAUUUGAUUGCUGGGGAGAAAUCUCAGUAGAAAGCGUUUUAACUUGUGAUACAAUUUAUAUAUACCUAUUAAUCGUUGUGUGUGUGAACUUCUGUUAUGGUUUUUGGUUUGUCUAAGGCUGUUAUUUGGUCUUCUAGGAUUUUAUGGAUUCUAUGAUCUACUGGGAUUCUAUGGGUUGUGAAUUUGUGUUAUGUGUGUAAGAAGUAAUAAUUAUAGGUUUAUAUGCAUGAUGCCUUUAUGAA